CCGCGUCUUCAGCCGGCGGCGCGCGGGGGCGGCCGACCGGCAUACUGCACGAGGCCCGCCCAGCCCCUCCUGCUGCAGCCGCCGCACCGGCGGGGGCACCUGCUGCUGGCGCUCGUCACGCGGGCGGCGAGGUCCUGCUAUAAAGUGCUCCCGCUCAAAGCCCGCCCAGGCGUCCCCCUCGGGAGAAGGAACGGCGGCGGUGGUUUGCAGCCGCUGUAACUGGUCGAAGGGAAGCUGAGGCCCGGCCGGCGCGAAGAGAGACGACGGCAAAAGAUGUUUUACUCCGGGCUGCUGACCGAUAGGAAGGACAUGGACGUGAGGGAAGCCGCAGCCCUCCGACAGCAGAGGAGGAUGAAGCAGGCCGUUCAGUUCAACCACAAGGACUCCGCCGAUCUGCUGCCCUUGGACGGGCUGAAAAAACUGGGAACUUCAAAAGAUACUCAACCACACAACAUUUUGCAGAGACGCCUCAUGGAAACAAAUAUGUCAAGAUUGCGGCACAGCCGAGGGACGUGCUCUCAGAAAAAUGAUCUCUCAGCUCAGACAAAUAAACUGAAUCAAAUGAAACUGGAUAGUCCCCCCAAGACAGAGGAAGAGGACCUCAUUCUCAUCUGCUGCCAGUGUAAUGGGAAGGAAUUGCAAGUUGUAGUUGAUACUGGAUGCCAACGCAAUAUAAUUUCUUCUGCGUGUCUGGAGAGAUUAGGGCUGAAAGAGCAUAUGAAAACCUGCAAAGCAGAAGGUGAGAAGAUUUCAUUGCCACAUAAUAUGAAAGCGAUUGGCCAUCUGGAACAUCUGCCUCUUAUAAUGGGGACUGUCCAUGUAGAUUGUUCUGCAGUUGUUGUGGCUGAAGGUAAUGAGAAAAGCUUCUCCCUGGGAUUACAAACACUGAAAUAUUUGAAGUGUGUGAUAAACUUGGAGAAACAAAAUCUGAUCCUGGGGAAGACAGACAAGGAAGAAAUUCCUUUUGUCAAUAAUGCUUCUAUUCAUGAAGAGAAUUAUUUCCUAGGGCACAUCCUCAUGGCAGCCACCUGCGCUCCUGGUUCAGUGCUGUAGCACACAACUGGAAGCCUGGGAAGUGUCCCUGGAAAAGCACUGCUGAUGCAUGAAGAGAAUAUAAUGCUGACUUUGGAGAAGAGAAAUACUGUCUGGUUGAAUAAGAAGAUGUCAGUACCAAUAAUUUCAACCUGCUAGACUACAGCUAGACUGUAGCUAAAUGAAACAACAUCUAUUUUUCAGGAGUUUAGGACAACUUCAGACUUUCAUUUAUCAUAUUGAAAAUCUGGGUUAUGAUCUGUAAAUGGACAGUUAAGUCCAGUCUUUAAAAUGGUGUUCUCGGUAUAGCCAUACAAGUAUGAAAAUAUUUAUUUUUCCAGACUCUACUGAAAUCUAAUUUUUGUUACAAAUGGAUUUGUGAAAUAAACUGCCUCCUGCAAAAUUGGGGUUGGGGAGAAGACAAUUUUGUAACAUUCUUUUUGGAACCAAUUGUGUUUAGCUGCUAUGAUUAGUUUCUAUUAAUCAGCUUUACAGAGCAUACUUCUCAGUGGUUAACAAUGAAUUGUUUGACAUCAUUCUUUCAUCUGAGUAAGUCAAACAAGUUGUGGAGGAUUCUUUUUAUUCAAAGGAAUAUAGUUUGCAUAAUAGUUGAUGGUAAUAAUACAACUUGAUGUAAGGUUUUUAUUGAGUAGCAUUUUACUUAUGGAAAUUGUUCUUUGGGUGGAAAAGGAAAGAGGCACCAUUUUCAUGAAUUUGCUCGCUCUCUUCUAAGUUCCAAAGAAUUGGUUGGCUUUCAAGACUAGUAUAUGAUUGCAAGAAGAGAGAGUGGGCCUUUAGGGAAGACAGGAAAUCACUUCCCUAAUUUCUUUCAGUAGCAGAUUCACAGAUUUCUUCCCACAAAUGAAAAGAUCCCUUCUAUUCUCAGAAGGAUUACUUUGAAUCAAGUCCUGUGUAUUUUUCAAAUGUACCUUGUGUAUUUCUCAGAAUUUUCAGAACUUUCCUUCCAAAUGAAAUGUUGAUGUUAACAGAAAGAAGUUGGAAGCCAAAUUUUAUUUUUUAAAUCACAAUACAGCCUUGAAGAGAAUUUCAGUAUCUGCUAGUUUCAAUGCUAAUAUUUACUAUAUGAAUAUAAUCAUACAUUAAUUUUGCUGCAUAGCAAUAUAUCGCUAAAUUUGAGAAUUCAAUUGGUCCCUUUUUUGCUUGCCUACUAGCAUUCCAGACUUAAAUAUGGAUGCAUCAUUUUAAUGGCAAGGUACCUGAUCAUCUAUCCAUCAUGAUUGUCUAUUGCUAGUAAUGUAUUUUUUUCUGACUACUCAUACUUGCCAAAGAAUCUAAAAGUGUGUUUUAAGACUGAUCCAGUCUUCUUGUUCAGAAUCUGUUUGAGCAUAGAUUAUAGCAAGAUAAAUAUGUGUAUAUGUAUUAAAUGUCACAGGAAAGAGUCUUUCUAGGACAACAUAUUCAUUGUUUCUGUUUUUAGUCAUACUUUCUUUGGGCUUCUCACUAAUGGAUGACUACUAGAUUCUCAAUAAUAUCAACAAUUACCAAACAGUGUUAACUAUUUAAUAAUAUUUCUUGUUCUCUUUGUAAUUUUCUCUUUGUAAUUUAAAAUUUCCAUGAAGGCUGUAAUACACACACAUACAAACACACACACACACACACACACACUUCCAAAGUGACAUUUUGUGUUUUGUUUUUGAAAUAUCUAAUUAACUGUGAAUUUGAAUAAGCAUAUUGAGACUUUGCACACAGGAUAUUCACUUUCCAUUCAUCUUAUGAUUCCACUACAAUAAGGUGGGUCUGCAAAUUGGAGUUUGCUGCAGCAGUCAUAAAACUGUGGCAGCAUGCACAUAGAAAUGCAUAAAGCUACUUAAUUACCUUCACACUAUUAUGGCAAGAUGAUCCUAAGAAUUAUUCCUUGCUUGCACACCAACUCAUGCAAACAAAGGUGUCAAGCAAUAUAUAUUGGGCAGCUGUUUUAAAGUACAUUUGCUAUUUAAGAAUAUGGGGAGCUGUUCUGUAGAUAAUCUUUCAUCACUGUUACUCUUCAAUCAAUAUAUUUCUCCUGAGCUUCUGUCCUUAGUACAGCUAAAGCCAUUAUAGCAAGCUUGAGUUGCUAUGAUUACUAGCCUUGAAUUCCAUGGGCCAUAUAGUUAGCAUCACAGAUAUGCUUCUAAUUACAAUAUAUUAAGUGCUUUGCUGGAAAGGGGCUUCAGUAGAGUUGUGUGUGCGUCUCUACGUGUGUCUGUGCCAAUAUCACUAUAAUGGGAUGCAAAAAGUUUAAAAUACAUUGCAUCCUUAUCUUAUUAAAUAAGAAUUUGUGUUGAAUAUGUAUUUACAUUGUUAAGAACUAUCAUUAAAUCAAUUAAAGCACUGGAAGCUAUUUCUAAUGAAUGCAUAGCCAACAUUUUUGGAGUUACGUCAAUUUUUAUAAUUUGAUUUGUUCAGUCUACAUUUGAAGAGAAUAUGCUACAGUAUAUCUAAAAUACAUCUAUUUCUGGACCACUAAGUCCGUGUUUUAAUAAGUUAUAGUUUAGCUUUCUGCAGUUGGAUUGGCAACAUCUGUUCAGCAUUGUCUAUGACAUUAUUGACAAAGUACAAGUGCGUGGAAAUAUUUUUUUCUUUGUGUCUGUCAUUACUCUGGUUAGUAUUUAUAAUAUUUGUAUAUAUUUUAAAAAAAGAAAAAUUCUGUGUUUGCAAGAUGAACUGCACUAUGUAUAUCUCUGGUUUAAAAGAAAUAUAUAUUUGUUUAAGUAACUAUGCUAUUGGUUUCAUGAAUUUAUUACUUGAGUGUUUAUUACUGUGCUGACAAAAAUAAAAUAUAAUAAACUUC